AUGGAGCUGUCGAAGCCCGUUGGGGGUGUUGCAGAGUCUGUUAUCUCUAGGCACCAGAAUCAGCGAGUCACAUAUGAAGAAUUGGAUAAGAGGAGUAACUCCCUGGCUCGCGGGUUGGCAGCUACCGGUGUCAGGAAGGGUGACAGGGUAGCCGUUUCGUUGGGGAAUGGCAUGGAAUAUGCAAUUACAACAUACGCUCUAUUCAAACUGGGAGCGGUUCUGGUUCCUCUCAAUCCCUCGUUCAAUUUCAACCAAGUCGUUUCUGCCCUCAGUCACUUGGAAGCCACGCAUUUGAUUAUAAGUACGGAAGUGAACCUACCACGACGGGACCCUCGAUCCAACAUUCCUUUGCUCCAGCAGAUUGUCCCGAAUUUCGAGUCCAUAAAGGUUGAAUCUCCCGGCGUCCAGUCCCUCAAACAAAUAAUAUUAGUUCAGAACGAUGACGGACGAGUUGAUACUUCCUCCUUGAAAUGCGUCACGCCAUAUACCUCGAUAUAUUCAGAACUCUCGCAGGAUAUGAAGGCAUUGCCCGACCAGGGACUUUCUCCUAACGAUGUUGUAAAUAUUCAAUUCACAUCUGGGACAACGUCGAUGCCUAAAGCUGCAUGUUUGAGUCACCGAUCGAUUCUGAAUAACGGGGUGCAAAUCGGAGACAGAAUGCUACUCACGCCCAACGACAUCGUAUGCUGUCCUCCGCCGCUUUUCCAUUGUUUUGGAUGUAUAUUGGGAUAUAUGGCAACAGCUACUCAUGGAUCAGCUAUCGUAUUCCCAGCCGAAUCUUUCAACGCAGUUGCAACGUUGAAAGCGGUGCAGGAAGAGAAGUGUACGGCACUAUACGGUGUGCCAACGAUGUUCAUAGAGGAGCUUGAGCUCCUGGCGGACGGCGUGGUGCCGUACGAAGGGUUCCAGCAUCUACGCACCGGAAUUGCAGCUGGGAGCAGUGUUCCGGCAGAACUAAUGAAGAAACUACACAAGACACUUAACCUGACAGAGCUUACGAUAUGCUAUGGCAUGACAGAGACGAGUCCUGUCUCUACAAUGACAGCUACAGACGACCCUAUCGAGAAACGGCUAAACACCGUAGGUAAGUUGCUGCCACACGUCGAAGCGAGGGUCGUCGACCCCCUGGACCACAGCCGAAUCCUCCCUCUCGGUGAGAAAGGCGAAUUGACCGUCAGCGGAUACCUUGUGAUGAAGGGAUAUUGGGGCGCGCCAGAGAAAACAGCAGCCGUGAUGAUACCCGACUCAGAAGGAAAGAUAUGGAUGCAUACCGGCGACGAAGCCUCGAUGUCGGCCGAUGGGUAUAUCACAAUCACUGGACGCAUAAAAGACCUGAUCAUCCGUGGGGGUGAGAACAUUCACCCCCUCGAGAUAGAGAACUGCCUGCUCGCACACCCCGGCGUAUCCAACGUAUCCGUGCUAGGCGUGCCCGACGCGCGAUACGGAGAGGCCGUUGCUGCCUUCGUGGUUGCACAUGAAGAAGGAGGAGUCAGGGUGACUUCCGACGAGAUUAGAAGCUGGGUCCGGGAGAAGCUUAGCCAUCAUCUAGGUAAGUGA